AUGACCGUGGCUCUUUCUCUUCAAAUCAUCACAUCUUUUCUCUUAAUUACCACCACAACCUCAUCACCUCACGGUUUCACGAUCGACUUAAUCCAACGUCGCACUAAUUCCUCUUCUUCUCGACCUUCCAACCCUGAUGGAUCAUCUCCUUACGCCAAUACCGUCUAUGAUUCCUUCACCUAUCUAAUGAAACUAAAAAUCGGUACUCCUCCUGUCGAAAUCGAAGCUACUAUAGACACCGGAAGCAACAUUAUACGGACACAAUGUUUGCCUUGUCUUCAUUGUUACGACCAAGAAGUUACUAUUUUCGACCCUUCGAAAUCUUCAACUUACAAAGAGAAAAAUCCUUACGAGAUUAUCUACGUAGACAAAAGCUAUUCCAAGGGAACGUUAGCAACCGGUCUAGUAUCCUCGAAAUCUUCAGGCAUGGUUGGUCUAAACUUGGGAGCUUUAUCUCUCAUCUCUCAGAUGGGAGAUGACUUCUUAGGAUUUCGUAUCGGUACGAAAUCCGAUGCCAACAGCGAUCAGUGUUGGGGAGAACCGCAUAUUGAGAGAUUGGGGACAGAGUUUCACUCUUUAGAAGGGAACAUAAUCAUAGACUCUGGAACCGCUAAUACAUACUUGCAUGACCGCUACUGCAACCAAGUGAAGGUUGCCGUGGAUAUUCUUGCAACAGUGAAACAAACAGCUUUUCCAGGCGAAACGCUUUGCUACGAUACGGAUAAUAUAGGGAUAUUUCCGGUGGUAACAAUGCAUUUCUUGGGUGGUGCGGAUCUUGUGUUGGAUAGGCAGGGUAUGUAUGUGGACAUGGGAAGAAACUAUUUUGUGGCGAUUACGUGUGUUGGCCCGACUGAAGAUGCAAUCUUUGGGAACAUAGCACAGAACAAUUGGUUGGUUGGUUAUGAUACUUAUUCACAACUUGUUUCUUUUAAGUCUACCGACUGUUCUGCAUUGUGGAGUUCGGAGACAACUAACCAAGAGUGUGUGUUUCUUCUACCGUGUUUUAGUGAACAAUAUGAGACUGAAAAUCACAAUUUGCAUAUAUCUCAAGUUUUUUGGAGUUUUGCAACUUGGUCAUUCUUAGAGCAUCUCCUUUAUAAUAUGUAA